GCUUCGUUUAUCAACAGUACAUUUUUAACUAUCCUUUAAACUGAAUACACUGUUGAAACCUGCUAGAUAGAACCGCGGGUGACAUUGUGGCGUAAUAUGACCAAAAUCCUGCUAGCUUGCUGCACUGUCAGAAUUGUGAGACACUGGCGUGUAGUUGGAAACAAAGUUUGGAAAACGCCGGCAUGGUUGCGACUUCAAGCUCACCUUUUUAGUGUCAAGGCCCAUACAGCACACCUGGUCUUGGAAGAUGGCACCCAGAUGAAAGGGUUUUCAUUUGGUCAUAAUUCUUCAGUUGCUGGGGAACUAGUCUUCAAUACAGGCCUUGUAGGAUAUCCUGAAGCCUUGACAGACCCCAGUUACAGAGGUCAGAUUCUGACUUUGACAUACCCAAUUGUGGGGAACUAUGGUGUACCAAACACGCAAGAGGUGGAUGAGCUUGGCCUGAGAAAACAUGUGGAGUCUGAAGGGAUCCAGGUAUCUGGUCUUCUGGUUCAAAACUACUGUCAUGAGUAUAGCCACUGGAACUCUGUCAAGUCUCUGGGUGAAUGGCUACAGGAAGAGAAGGUUCCUGCACUCUUUGGGAUCGACACCAGAAUGUUGACCAAGAUCAUCAGAGACAAGGGCACUGUUCUUGGAAAGAUUGAAUUUGAUGGGCAGCCUGUAGAGAUAGCAGACCCUAACCAAAAAAAUCUGAUAGCAGAGGUCUCAACAAAAGAAUCCAAAGUUUUUGGAAGAGGAAACCCUGUCAAAGUGGUAGCAGUUGAUUGUGGUAUUAAGCAUAACAUAAUUCGGCUGCUGGUUAAGCGAGGUGCAGAAGUUCACUUGGUACCAUGGGACCAGGACUUGUUGACUCUAAGCUAUGACGGAUUGUUCAUUUCCAAUGGACCAGGAGAUCCGUCCCUCGCUGAGGCACUCAUCGACAAUGUCCGCAAGGUGUUGGAGAGUGAUCGUCCUCAGCCUGUGUUUGGCAUCUGUAUGGGGAAUCAGAUCACGGCCCUUGCUGCUGGUGCUAAAUCCUAUAAACUUCAAAUGGGCAACAGAGGUCAGAACCAGCCAGUACUGAAUUUGAUGACAGGCCAGGCCUUCAUUACUGCACAGAACCAUGGUUACGGCAUAGAUAGCGAGUCCCUGCCCCGAGGGUGGAGCCCGCUUUUCAUCAACGCCAAUGAUGGCACAAAUGAGGGCAUAAUGCACAACACUAAACCUUUUUUCACGGCUCAGUUCCACCCAGAGGCCAAAGGCGGCCCCACUGACACAGAGUUCCUUUUUGACACUUUCAUGGCCCUGAUCAAAAAAGGAAAAGAUGCCAACCUAGUGUCUGUCAUGCCGAAGAAACCGCGCAUCCCCCCCCGAGUUCAGGUUUCAAAGGUACUGGUACUGGGUUCUGGAGGCUUGUCUAUUGGUCAGGCUGGAGAGUUUGAUUACUCUGGAUCUCAGGCUGUCAAGGCAAUGAAGGAAGAGAAUCUGAAGACAGUGCUCAUGAACCCCAACAUAGCCUCAGUUCAGACCAAUGAAAACGGCACCAAGCAGGCUGACUCUGUCUACUUUUUGCCAGUCACAUCACAAUUUGUUACUGAUGUGAUCAAAGCCGAGCUUCCUGAUGGCAUCCUGCUUUCAAUGGGUGGACAGACUGCCCUCAACUGUGGAGUAGAAUUGUUUCAGCAAGGUGUCCUGGAUCAAUAUGGAGUGAAAGUCCUGGGAACGCCAGUUGAGUCCAUCAUGGCCACAGAGGACAGGCAGAUAUUUGCUGAAAAACUCAAGGAGAUCAAUGAAAAGAUUGCACCCAGUAUGGCUGUGGAGUCUGUUUGUGAUUCCUUGAAAGCUGCGGAACAGAUCGGCUAUCCAGUGAUGCUGCGAUCAGCUUAUGCCCUGGGAGGACUAGGCUCAGGUCUGUGUGCCAACAAGGAAAAACUGGAGGAAACUGCCAAUAAGGCUUUGGCCUUGAGCAGUCAGAUCCUGGUGGAGAAGUCAUUGGUUGGUUGGAAGGAAGUGGAAUAUGAGGUGGUGAGAGAUGUUGCAGAUAAUUGUGUCACCGUGUGCAACAUGGAAAACUUUGACCCAUUGGGUAUUCACACAGGUGAUUCCAUUGUAGUGGCACCAAGUCAAACAUUGUCCAAUGAGGAGUACCACAUGCUUCGUGAAACGGCCAUCAAAGUGGUUCGCCAUUUUGGUAUUGUCGGUGAAUGUAACAUCCAGUACGCGCUCCACCCAUCGUCCCUGGAGUAUUGCAUAAUUGAAGUUAAUGCUCGGCUCUCAAGGAGCUCAGCUCUUGCAUCCAAAGCCACUGGAUACCCCUUGGCAUUUGUGGCUGCUAAGUUAGCUCUUGGGAUCCCCUUGCCUGAGAUAAAGAAUUCUGUAUCUGAAAAGACCACAGCCUGCUUUGAGCCCAGUUUAGACUACAUCGUCACCAAGAUCCCCCGCUGGGACCUGGACCGCUUUCAGGGCAUGUCAGGCGAAAUAGGGAGUGCGAUGAAGAGUGUUGGAGAGGUGAUGGCAGUGGGACGUUCUUUUGAGGAGAGCAUGCAGAAGGCCCUGAGGAUGUGCCAUCCAUCAGUUGAUGGCUUUAUGCCCCGAUUGCCUCUCAAAAAAGACUGGACAAACAAACAGAACUUGCAACAGGAGCUCGCUGUGCCUUCCAGCACCAGAAUUUUCUCCAUUGCCAAGGCCCUCCACAGUGGUAUGAGUGUAGAUCAGAUCCACCAGCUGACAGCCAUUGACAUGUGGUUCCUGCACAAACUCCAAAGGAUAGUGCAACUGGAGCAACACCUUGCAAACUACCAAAGUCUUUCAGUGUCAAAGAGUCUGCUUCUGCGGGCCAAGCAAGAAGGUUUCUCAGACCGACAGCUUGGACUGAUUUUGGGCAGUACUGAGGGAGCAGCUCGACAGAUGAGGCUCAGUCAUGGUAUCAGACCAUGGGUCAAACAGAUUGAUACAAUGGCAGCAGAGUAUCCGGCCACAACCAACUAUCUGUAUUGUACUUAUCACGGACAGGAGCAUGACCUGGACUUUCAAGAGCAUUCAAUUAUGGUUCUUGGUUGUGGGCCCUAUCACAUUGGCAGCAGUGUUGAGUUCGACUGGUGUGCAGUGUCGAGCAUCAGAGCCUUGAGACAGAUGGGCAGAAAGACAGUUGUGGUAAACCAUAACCCUGAGACUGUGAGCACUGAUUUUGAUGAGUGUGAUCGCCUUUACUUUGAGGAACUGACCCUGGAGCGCAUCCUGGACAUCACCCAACAAGAGCAUUGCAGUGGCACCAUUGUAUCAGUGGGAGGUCAGAUCCCAAACAAUCUUGCAGGCCCUUUACGGCUGAAUGGGGUGAACAUUUUGGGUACAAGUCCCCUGCAGAUUGAUAGAGCUGAGAAGCGUUCAGUUUUCUCCAGAAUCUUGGACGACCUUGGCAUGGCACAAGCCCCGUGGAAGGCCCUCAACUCUCUGGAAGAUGCCUUUGCUUUCGCUAACCAGGUGGGGUAUCCCUGUCUCCUGCGUCCGUCCUAUGUUCUCAGUGGCUCGGCAAUGAACGUCGCACAUGGAGAGGAGGAGAUGAGGCGCUUUUUGAAGGAGGCUAGCCAGGUGUCUCAGGAGCAUCCGGUGGUUAUAACCAAAUUCAUUUGUGGUGCCCGGGAGGUGGAAGUUGAUGCUGUUGCCAAAAGUGGGAAGGUACUGGUCCAUGCAAUAACAGAGCAUGUGGAGGAUGCUGGCGUACAUUCAGGAGAUGCUACCUUAAUGCUGCCAACACAGACCAUUAGCCAAGGUUCCUUAGAAAAGGUCAAGAUGGUGACCCAAACGAUAGCACAAGCAUUUGAAAUAUCAGGGCCAUUCAACACUCAGUUUUUGAUAAAAGGCAACAAUGUCAUGGUGAUCGAGUGUAACCUACGGGCAUCACGUUCUUUCCCGUUCGUAUCAAAAACAAUUGGUGUUGACUUCAUCAAUGUAGCAACCAAAGUGAUGGUUGGAGAGCCUGUGGAUGAGGCUAGUCUGCCCUCACUAGAGAGACCCAUCAUACCUGUAGACUAUGUGGGUAUAAAGGCACCCAUGUUCUCUUGGCCACGUCUAAGGGACGCAGAUCCAGUACUUCGCUGUGAGAUGGCGUCCACUGGAGAAGUUGCCUGUUUUGGAUCAAACGUUUAUUCAGCCUUCCUGAAGGCUAUGCUUUCCACAGGAUUUAAACUGCCACAGAAGGGCAUCCUGAUUGGGAUUCAGCAUUCGUUCCGACCAAAUUUCCUGGCUACAGCCUAUCAACUGAAAGACCAAGGCUUCAAGCUGUAUGCUACUGAAUCCACCUCAGCUUGGCUUUGUGCUAAUGAUGUCCCAGCAACUCCAGUAUCCUGGCCAACCAAAGGACAAACCAAUUUGCCCAGCAUAAAGAGUUUGAUCAGUGAGGGUCAUAUUGACCUAGUAGUGAACUUGCCCACCAACCAUACACGGCACUUGAAGGACAACUUCCUCAUUCGUAGGAUGGCUGUUGAUCACGGUGUGCCCCUCAUCACUAAUUACCAGAUUGCAAAGCUAUUUGCUGAGGCGAUUCGCUUUUCAGGUGAACUCGACUCCACCAGCCUCUUCCACUAUCGGCAGAGAGAACGCCAACAAAGAGGAUGUGGACAUCAAGACGAAAGAUGUGUCAUUUGUGCGCAGGCAUCGAUUUCCCACUGCAGGAGAUUAAGGAAGACACGAUGUAAGACAGAGCCAAAUGAAAAAUAUUCAGUCAAAAAACCCCAAGGAUGGUAUAUGACUUCAUAGUCAGCAAUGAAGCCUGUAAGGUUGAAGUCAUCGUUUUAUACCGUCCACUCAUCUGUAGUUAUUGACAAAUAGGCGGAUGCUUUCCCUCCAGGAGUCCCAAGGUACAACCAAACAAACUAUGCAUUACUGAUGCAGUGAAACUCCAUUAUAAACAUCCAUCCACCCACAAACUCAGAUGGAAUAUACUGUAAAACCACCAUAUAGGGAGGCUGUGGGAAAUAUGUAAAUUAAGUUAUUUUUUAACUGUGACUCAGACACCCUAAUCAGAUUCACUGUAUACAAUGAAAUGACUAAUACCAACUGGCUAGCUUCCGUUGGUAUUCAUCAUCCUGAAUCGUACACAUUACAGGAUAUGGUUAAUGUUCAGAAGGAGUUUCAACUUCCACCUUCAACAGAACUUUGCCCAUGUUCCGGGAGAGGCAGAGGAAAUCGAGGCCGAGUGAACAAUGUUCCGUGCCCCCAUUGGUAAGGCGGCCGACUGGAGAUGUGCCCGUAAGGUGGUCGUGUGGUAAUGCCAUAACACUUUAGUGGACUCCAACAAUGAGGGAUGCCGUCAAGCUGAAAUAGUUCUAUCAGGCCUUUUUGGUCUGUGGGAGCUGAUGGGUACUGGUUGGUGGUCGCUGAAAAAAAAACUCGCGCAUGGGAGGAAUUUAGUGAAGCCAUCAAGAAAGACGUCUGGACGGCUUCAAGGAAAUUCUGGUCCACCAUCCAGGAUCUCAGGUGGGGGAAAGUGUGGACCAUCAACAUUGUGUAUAGUGAGGAGAGGAUGCUGCUGACCUCGAGUAGGGAUGUAGUGCGUCAUUGUGGAGAAUACUUCGAAGACCUCCUUAAUUCCAGCGGCAGACAUUCCUAUGAGAAAGCAGACUCUGGGUUCUCUGAGGUGGGCUCUCUUAUUUCUGGGUUUGAGGUCAACGAGGUGGUUAAAAAGCUCUUCAGUGGCAAGACCACGGGAGUGGAUGAUUUUCCCUCAAAGUUCCUAAAACUCUGGAUGUUGUGGGGCUGUCCUAGUUGACAUGCCUUUGCAACAUUCCACGGACAUCAGAGAUAAUGCCUCUGGAUUGACACAUUGGGUAUGUGGACCCUCUUUAUAAGAAGGGCGACCGUAGGGUAUGUUCGAACUACAGGGGAUCACACUCCUCAGCCUCCUCGGCAAGGU